CGCACCCACAAACCAAACGCCACCUAAAUUUCAUUAUUUUUCUCUUCGAUCUCCUGCUUCGCAUUCCAAUCUCCUUUCAAAUCUUCGCCGUCGCUGCUUCAACAGCAAUUUCAUUGUUUUUCCAGAAAAUUUGAAGCAAAAAAGCAGUUUUUUUUUAGUUCCGGUACGUCUUUCAGCAUGCCCGUUUCGCAAAGAUUUGUUCUUGCCACUGUUCUACUCCUUUUCCUGCUCCAAUCUCUCCUGCUAGUUUCCGCAUCCAUUAUCGACAACGAAGAAGAUGAUCUUGAGGGGCUUGAAGAGCUCCUGGCGGUAGAUCAGGAGGAAGAGCAGGAGAAGGGCGGCGGCGGCGGCGGCGGCAUCCAGAACAAGCUUUCGGAGGCCGAAAUUCUGCGCCGCGCUCAGAAGAUCGUUGUAGAGCUCAGCAAUGAGAACGCCGAGAAAGUGGCUCUCUCGAACGCGGCCGUUCUGCUGCUUGGUUAUGCCCCUUGGUGCCCCAGGAGCGCCGAGCUGAUGCCGAAGUUCGCAGAGGCCGCAACUGCGCUUAGAGAGAUGGGAAGCAACCUCGUGGUGGCGAAGCUCGAUGCGGAGAGGCACGAGAAGGCUGCGAAGCUUCUUGGAAUCAAGGGUUUCCCGACGAUACUCCUCUUCAUUGAUGGGUCGCCGCUGGCUUAUAGGGGUGGAUUUACCAAGGAGGAGAUAGUGAUUUGGGUGAAAAAGAAGACUGGUGCUCCUGUUAUUCGAUUAUCUUCUUUAGAUGCAGCUGAGGAGUUCCUAAGAUGGCAUCAGAUUUUUAUUAUGGGCUACUUUGAAAAUUAUGAAGGACCCGAAUAUGAUGAAUUCCUCAAAGCAGCCAUCACAGACAAUGAAAUCCAGUUUGUUGAAACCAUUGACAGCACCAUAGCUAGGCUUCUGUUCCCAGAUGUUGAACUGGAUAAGAAAUUCAUAGGACUUGUGAAAAGUGAGCCAGAAAGAUUUGAGAAAUUCGAUGACAACUUUGAAGAACAUAGGAUCUUGCAGUUCAUAGAGUACAAUAAAUUUCCUCUAGUUACUGAAUUGACUGAACUAAAUUCUGCUAGAGUAUAUUCCAGUGCAAUUAAGCUCCAGGUUUUUAUUUUUUCAACUCCUGAGGUCGUUGAUGGUCUUCGACCACUAAUUCAAGAUGUUGCAAAGUCUUAUAAGAGAAAUAUAAUGUUUAUAUAUGUAGACAAUGCUCAAGACAACCUUGCAAAACCAUUUAUGACUCUUUAUGGACUUGAAUCCGAAGAGCCUAUUGUUACUGCAUUUGAUAAUAGAAUUGGUUCCAAGUACUUACUGGAAGCAGAUCUUGCACAGAGCACUUUGGAAGAGUUCUGUAACCGAUUUCUUCAUGGUACUUUGCUACCAUACUUCAAGUCAGAGCCAAUUCCUAGUGAAAAGGCAAUGGUUGAGAAGGUUGUCGGUAAAACAUUCAGUGCUUCUGUCUUGGAAAGUGUCGAAAGUGUAUUUUUAGAGGUCUAUACUCCAUGGUGCAUGGAUUGUGAUGCUACCAGCAAACAAGUACAGAAAUUGGCCGAGCACUUUAAAGGACUGGAGGAUUUGAAAUUCGCCAGAAUAGAUGCUUCUUUGAAUGAACACCCAAAGCUGGAGAUAAACAACUACCCGACGCUUCUACUCUAUCCAGCUGGAGAUAAGUCGAAACCUAUAAAAGUUUCCAAGAAGUCAAGCUUGAAGGAUUUCAUUGCUUUCGUAAAAAAACAUGCUAAAGCUGAUGAAGAUAGAGGAAUUCUGGAAAAGGAGGAAAAGAAACAGGAACUGUGAUGAACAAAAUGUUACAAGUAGAUUCUCAUGGAUUCGCAGCGAGGUUUAUUGUGAUCUUUUUUUUUGUUUUCGCCUGAUGAUGAAAGGGAAAUGAGGUUUAAGGACUUGCUGCUGAACGCCAGGAAUGCCGUCGUAUGCCCCCACCUACCCUUUGCUUCCCCAUUCUGUCUCCUCGCUUGAUCUUGUUUUCAGAGACAGUAGUUCUUCUCUUUGUUUCGGAAGAUUGUUCUACUGAAUUGUCUUCAGAAGAUUGUUCUACUGAAUUGUCUUCAGUUUUAUGGCGCCUCUUGUUCCCCUUUCUGUUUGCUGAUGAUUAUUGUAGACGAAUUGGUCUUGCGAAUUGAUUAAUAUAACCUGUCGGUUUGAUGUAAUGACCUUUUUUUUUCUUUCCCUCUAAUUUCAUCUUUACCUGUUUUCUUUCGUUUAAAUGUUUUGCCCUCCAAUCUCAAUCAGUGGAUGGUUUAAGAGACCCAGAUAUCAACUGCAACUCGGCGCUUUCUUUGGAAAUUGUUAUCUUCUUGGUACCAUUUCGUAAGCAAAAUUCUUACUUGCGUUCGAAAUAUCUCCGUUUGUUGGUAAGACAGUUUCAGCCAUCUCUAUUCUGUAGGAGCUGAUUACUGAUAAUCUCUCAGCACUUGAAUUGUCAUUAUAACAAAUAAAUUUGGUUUUCUAGCUUCUUACUUUGAGAUAUAUAUAUAUAUUUCCUGGAGAAACGUGGUUUUGGUGUCGUUGAAGCUUUGGAAAAUGGACUAUGAGGAUGGCCUGAACAAUCUCUUCUUUACUUGGUAAAUAAUUUGUGUGGCCUGAAUUCUUAACAAUGAAUUGCAUGCUAGUUCACAUCCAAAGUGUAUUCUUUAAGGACCAUUAAUAAGUCUUGAAUGGCUAGUUUAGUCUCUUCCUCUUUCUGUUGAUUUGAUGUAACCUAGAGAUAUUUUGGUUAUCUCAGUGAUCCGUUUCUUGCCUUUGCAAUCUUGGCAGUUCUUUCAUUAUCUUUUUGAACUUAAAUUCGGAUCUUGAGAACUUAUCCUAACUAUUAAUUGUAGAUGUCACAAACACCUCUUCAUGUGCAGCCGGAUGUAAUAAUACCAGUAUUGUAAAAUACCUGCUCGAGCGGAAAGGUGUUGAGAAAAUUGAGUUGGAGGCAAAGAACAUGUAUGGUGAGACACCGUUUCAUAUGGCAGCAAAAAAUGGCUGUAGCAAAUCUGCAAGACUCCUACUGGCACAGGGUGCUUCACUUGAUGCAAAAGUUAACAAUGGGAUGACUCCACUACAUCUGGCAGUUUGGCAUGCACUACGGGCAGAAGAUUGCAACACUGUGAGCACAUUGCUAGAAUACAAUGCCAAUUGUAGUGCCAAACAUAAUGAGGGCAUGACCCCUUUAAAUCAUCUCUCGGAAAGUGCUAGUCUGAGAAACUUUGAGGACUCCUUAUCAAGCACAUGGAAGAGCAAAGGAAAUGCAAAGCUAUUGAGUCUUGUAGUGAAGCAAAAGCUAAGAUGGAUGAGUUUAAAUCAGCUAUUUCAGGUAUUAUUGGAUUGCAAGAUCUCAAAAUGCAAUUGCGCAGAUGGGCGAGGGGCAUGCUUUUUGAUGAGAAGAGAAGAGCAUUUGGAUUAAAUAUGCUCCAAGAAGGCCUCCACUUAUGGCUUUCCUUGGUUACCCUGGAACAGGUACAUGAUAAUAGAUCUGUGAAAUCUUCAUACUGUUAGACUAAAGAUCCUGAUGCUACAUCAAACAAUUUCCCCAGAUAAGUGAAGCAAAGGGAGGAAUUCUUUUUGUAGAUGAAGCUUCAAGAUUGAUUCCAAUGCAAAAGGCAGACG